AUGGGCACUGGCACAAGCAGAGGAAAGAAAGUCGCACCUGUGUGCGUCAGCGAGUUGAACGUGACGAAAACAGGGUCCGCUAUCGCUUCUCCCAAGCAGGAUGAUCCGACUCAAUUCAGGUCUCUGGAGGCUCCUACAGCUGUGAGUUCCGUGCGUAAGAGCGCGCGGCCGGACGGCAGCAGCGUGGGGCACGGAGCUCACUCUGCCGGGGAAGACAACUGUGCCGACAGAGAGCUAGAAACGGUCCUCGCAGAUUAUGAGGAGUGCGAGAGCGUGUCCGUGAAGAAAACGUACAAAAAAAGGUCUUUCGUCAAGUCAAAAAAGUACGGACUGUGUCACUUCAGACAGGAUGACACGGAGAGCGACGUCAGCUCGGCUCCACCUCAGCGCACAUCUGGAGGAGCCGAAGAGCCACGUGUCUCUCCCGCCGUGCCAAAGGAUGUAAAUAAGAGAAGCAAUCUUGCCUUCACGCACUCCAGAGAACACAACAACACGACAAAAGCGUGCCCGAAUCAGCAGAAGGGCUGUUUGACCAGAGGAACUUCUUUGGAAGCUAUACCCACAUCAGAAAAACAACCGAGUAGAGACUCUCUGACCAUGCCAGUCAUGCUAUACCACGGAUCAGAAGAGGAGCUGAUGGACACAAUAGAGAAAGAGUUCAGCUGA